AUGCGGUUCGGCAAGACUCUCCGCGAGUCGAUAUACUCGCCAUGGAAAGACCAAUACCUAGACUAUGCCAAGCUGAAGGCCAUGUUGCGCGAGGACGUUGCCGAAGACGAGGAUGUGCCGUGGACUGAAGAAGACGAGAACCGCUUCUGCGACGAAAUCUUCAACGUCCAGCUCGAGAAAGUCGCCCAGUUCAAAGCCAACACUGUCAACAGCCUCAAGGAGCGCGCCGAGGCAGCCUUCGAGCAAUUACGGGAUAUGACGCCCUCGGAAGACGGACAAAAGAGCGACAUCACGACUGCCCGCAUGAAGGAACUCAAGGGCGAGCUCGACUCCAUCAUCAACGAGGUCAAGGAGCUUAAGAAGUACAGCAGCCUCAACUACACCGGCUUCCUCAAGAUUGUCAAGAAACACGACCGGAAGCGCGGCGACCGCUACAAGGUCCGGCCCAUGAUGAGGGUCAGCCUUUCGCAACACGGCUUCAACUCGGAACAGGCCUACUCGCCCUUGCUGACCAAGUUGUCCAUGAUGUACUACGCCAUCAACCAGAACCUGGAGGAGGGCGAGCCGCAACAGCCGCUGGACCUGGAGCAUCAGCAGGAGGUGCACAAUGGGGAGCGAUACACUGCACACAAAUUUUGGGUACAUCCUGAUAACCUUCUCGAGGUCAAGACGGCGAUCCUCCGACACCUACCUUCCCUAGUCUACAGCCAACAGUCCGCGAAAGAGCUCGAUGGUAAUGACGACCCGAAGAUCACGUCGGUCUACUUCGACAAUUCAAAGUUGGACCUGUACGGGAGGAAGGUCGGCCGUCAGGUUGAUGCCUCUUCGUUGCGACUACGCUGGUACGGCCAGUUAAGCGCGAAGCCCGAUAUUGUUAUCGAGCAGAAGAUAAUACACGAUAACGGCAGCAGCGAGGAGAAGAAGUUUAACAUCAAGGACAAGUACAUCAAACAGUUCCUCGACGGGGAAUACAAGAUGGAGAAGUCGGUUCAGAAGAUGGAGAGGCAAGGACAGCCGGCCGAGGCGAUUGAAUCCUUCAAGACUACCGCUGGAGAGAUUCAAGACUUCAUCAUAAGCCGCAAGAUUGGUCCCGUCUUACGUGCCAACUAUACCCGUACUGCGUUCCAGAAGCCCCUGGACGAUCGAGUGAGGAUAUCCAUCGAUACAGACAUUGCCUUCAUCCGCGAAGACACCCUGGACCGCAGUCGGCCCUGCCGAGAUCCCCAGGAUUGGCAUCGGACGGAUAUUGACAACAGCAAUAUGACGUAUCCCUUCAAGAACAUAAAUCAGAGUGAAGUAUCCAGGUUUCCAUACCCCGUCCUCGAAAUCAAGUCGAAAGAAGAGGAAGGCCGGAAACGGCCUGGAUGGAUAGAAGAUCUGAUGGCCUCCCAUCUGGUUCACGCGGCGCCUAGGUUCUCCAAGUUUGUGCACGGUGUAGCGUCGUUGUUUGACGACUACGUCAAUAACCUGCCGUUCUGGCUCAGCGACCUUGAAACGGACAUUCGGAAAGACCCUCAGAUUGCCCAUGACCAAGAAGAGCAGAGGAAGGCCCAGCGGGCCGAAGACGCACAGGUGGUCGGGAGCUUUUUGGGCACCGGAUCCAAGGGCGCCUCCUACAAGCCCACUGCUAGUUCGCCAUUCGCGAAGUCGUAUCUGUCUGACCGAGCUGCUGCAGACGCCAGGGCCUCUGAGUCACAAGCCCCCAAUGGACGGGGCGAGCCAACGGUCGAAGAAGAGGAUGGCGAGGAGGGCAACGAUGCGCAGUCCAACGGACCUCAACGGGGUUAUGGGACCCUCUCCUCGGUCUUCCCCGGUUUCUCCCUGUCGCGCUACUCCCGCGCCAAGCGGCAACGGGCACAGCUCCCCGAGGGCGUCACGAAGCCGGAGACCUGGAUCAAGAACGCCGGACCGCUACAGAUCGAGCCCAAGGUCUGGCUCGCCAACGAGCGCACGUUCCUCAAGUGGCAGCACAUCUGCAUCCUCCUGGGGACCCUGGCCAUCAGCCUCUACACCGCCGCGGGCGAGAACUUCCUCGCCGAGUGCAUGGGCAUCGCCUACAUCGCCAUCGCGGCCCUGGCCGGCCUGUGGGGCUACUACAUGCUGCAGAGGCGCCGCUCUAUGAUCAUGGAGCGCAGCGGUAAGGACUUUGACAACAUGAUCGGGCCACUGGUCGUCAGCGUGGCUAUGAUGCUCGCGCUCAUUCUUAAUUUCGUGUUUGCUUACCGAGCUGCCUUUUCGAAGCUUGACGCCGACGGCAAGUUGUUCAAUAGUACGACGACCGAAGCCUUUGUUGGAGAGCUUAUCUGA